AUGUCGCCCCCUGCUGAAGACUGUUACUGUUGCCAGUUCCAGCCCAACACCUUUGACCCCUCCCGCUGUAGCUCCUGCCUGCGGCCAGAUCACAUGCACGUCAGCGGCGCUCCUGCAGCAGAUGCUGCACAACAGGAUACUCUGCAGGAGCUGGAUACAGAUGAUGAUGAUGACGACACAUGUGCCCUGUCUGAGGUGACCACAAGUGCCAGUAGUGAUGAUGUCAGAGGCGGUUGGACCUACGAGUGGAGUCUAGAGCACAGUCUGAGUCCUGAGAGGGAACUUAAUAUCGGUGAUACUGACAUACAAUCCAGCUCUCCAAAUCAGUUGGAUUCUUCAGAGAGGGGCCGAUCCCCCAGCUUGGAGCGGUACUGUGUGGCUCAAAGAGAAAUGACACGGCUGGACUCCUCUCCCCCACAAGGCACUGAAAGCUCCUGGAUGGAUGAGAGGAGAGGGAGAAACAGGUCCCGCCAGGCGUCAGAGUCCUGGGGAGAUAGGGGACAAGAGAGUGGUUACUUCUCUCCCGACAGAAGAGGUGAUGGUGAGCAGCAGAUUGAGGAGGACAAAAAACGUCAGUUUCGUUACUACGAGCGGGGGCGUCCCCUUCCAAGCAACUAUGUUCCCGAGCCCAAGGCCUGUGUCCCUUACAGGAACGUCAACCUGGGAGUGCCUUCCCAGCGAAGAAAUCAUGAGACGUAUAUGCAGGAAACUUGGAGAAGUGAAUCCCCGCAGAGAUACACAUACCACUCAAACUUUAGACGAGGAGAUUCCCUGACAAAUUCUCCGACACGUCACAGCUCUAUGAGUCCAGAACGCUACAAGCUCACCGAAUCGCCUGUGGGAGCUCAGAGAGGGAGCUCCCUCUGUAGGAGUCAGACUCGGUCUCAUACUUCAUCUCACAGCUCUCCACAGCUUCCAUCAUAUGGUCCUUCUUGCCAUACAUCAGGCUGGUCCAGUCCAUCCUGCCGGAAGUUGUCCAAUGCCUCUCGCACCGCGUCUCCCUCCAGGGCCACACCAUCUCACAGGCGUGCAGUCUCUUUGCUCUCACAGAAUGGUGAAUAUGAUGCUAUAAAGGGAUAUAGUCGAGAGUCAGGAAGUCCAUCACAAGCUUCGAACAGGCACAGUUUAGACUCUGAGAAGCUGUACAGAAAUCUCGAGUCUAUCUCCCGUCGUGGCUCGUCGGCUCUUCAGCAAAAUUCAUAUGAGCAAUCCCAACCAUCCCCACGAAUCAGAACAGCUGUCAACAGCUCGACCAACACUCGAACUCGGAACAGUCGUGACGUUUCACCAGCCAGGAACGGCUACGGCACCAGUCACUCCCCACAAAGAGAACCCUGCUCCAGAGACAGCAGGCUGAGUCCACAAAACUCAUGGCAGGGGUCCGCACACUCUUUACUCAGCAUCCCGGCCUCACCUGGAUCCUCGUCAUCGAGGCGGGGCACAGUCUCGCAAGUCUUUGGUGGAUCACUGUCACAAGCUACAAUUACAGGAACAGAUGAAGCCGAUGAAGGAAAAAACAAAGUCAUAGGUGACCGAAGCAGGAGCGCCAUUAGACGAGGCAUGGACACCCUGCUGAUCUCUGAACCCAAAAAGGCUGCUGUAGAUGCUGAGGAGGUGGGGAUGACCAUAGAUGAUUACAUAGUGCUGGCUGAUAUUCCCAAGAUCCAAGUGGAAUCAGAAGAAGAGUUUCCAGGGCUGAGGUUGAGGAACCAGAGUCCCAGUCCAUGCAGGGACCAGAGACUCAGGACAUACAGGUAUCAAGAUGAAAUAGACAGAUCGAGCCAGUUCUACAGUUCAAGGCUGGAGUCAGAUGAGAGGGGGAGAGGCAGAGAGAGAGGGAGAGACAGACGGGAGAAAUGUCGAGACUCUGAGAACGGACGAUCGUCUCGGAGACGAUCGGCAGCAUCUCUUCAUACACAGACCUCAGAGAGCCAGAGUGGAAAACACAGAUCCUCCAAGGUGAAUGAGCGACCGGCUCCUCCUGAACGUCUGCAGACACAGGGGUGGAUGUCCAGACUGGAUGAACAUGGCAAGUGGAGGAAACACUGGUUUGUUCUCGGUGACACCUCGCUGAGAUACUACAGAGACUCAGAGGCUAAGGAGUCAGAUGACCUGGAUGGAGAGAUCGACCUGACGUCCUGCGUGAAUGUGUCAUAUUGUGAUGUGGACAAGAACUACGGACUCCAAAUACAAGUCAAUUAA